AACAGUCGCAAAAAUAAAUUCGUUGAAAAAACUGGCUGCUUGAAAGUAAAAAAUGAGAAUAGGGAUAUUACUAAUAGUAUGCAUGAAUAUUAUUGGAUCGCUGGCAUUCAAACCAGUGGUAAUUCUGCAUGGCGUUCUCUCGGGAGCUGAAUCAAUGACACUUUUAGUGCGUCAAAUUGAAAAGAUUCACCCGGGGACAACAGUGUACAAUUGCGAUAAAUUCAGUGGUUGGUACAGUCUGGAGAGCGCUUGGUGGCAAGUUGAACAGAUCAGGGAUUACAUAGAUCAAAUUGGAAAGCUUCAUCCAGAUGGGAUUAUUGUACUAGGAUAUUCUCAAGGUGGUCUCUUGGCAAGGGCGGCGAUACAAAGUCUGCCUAAUCACAAUGUGAAGACCUUUAUAUCGUUAUCAUCGCCACAAGCUGGUCAAUACGGAACAAGUUUCCUGCAUUUAAUAUUUCCGGAUCUUGCGGCAAAGACAGCCUUUGAACUGUUUUACUCCAAUGUGGGUCAACACACAUCUAUAGGUGGCUACUGGAACGACCCGCAUAAGCAGGAAUUAUACAUGAAAUACAGUGAAUUCUUGCCCUUAAUUAACAAUGAAAAGAUCAGCUCAAAUUCAACAUCAUUUAAAAUGGGAAUGGAACGCCUCCAUAAGCUAAUCCUUAUCGGUGGACCAAACGAUGGCGUCAUUACACCAUGGCAGUCCAGUCAUUUCAGUUACUUCAAUGAAUCAUUGGAUGUGGUUCCAUUCUAUAAGAGAAAAAUAUUCCUGGAUGAUUCGAUCGGACUAAAAAAAUUGCUGGAGGAAAAUAAACUUAUAAUCAUUGUUAAGCCAUAUGUACAUCACCUUUCUUGGCACACGAACAGGAGAGUCAUCAAUCAAGUAAUAAUGCCGUACUUGGAUUAAACUGCGAUAAUAUGGAAUUGAAGCGAGUAGGAGGCUGUGAUUGGAAUGAUGGAAUAUUCAUUUUUGAACUGAUAUCUGAUAAGUACACAUAUAUGCUGUGUACAUAUUUAA